CAUUCCUCCUGGGGAAAGCAUGGGACGCGCCUCCUUGCAGCCCCUCGCUUGGAGCCCAGAAUGAGAGAGUGGUGGAUUCAAGUGGGGCUGCUGACGGUGCCACUCAUUGCUGUCUACCUCCACAUCCCGCCCCCAAAGCUCUCCCCAGCGCUGCACUCAUGGAGGUCAUCAGGGAGUUACUUCACAUACAUAAACCAGAAAAUCUUUUACAGAGACUCUACAGGUGCUGUUGGCAGUUCAGACAUUGUAGUUCUCUUGCACGGCUUUCCAACCUCUAGUUAUGAUUGGUAUAAGAUUUGGGAGGGCCUGACUCAGCGCUUUCACCGAGUGAUUGCUCUUGAUUUUGUUGGAUUUGGCUUCAGCGACAAACCUAGGCCCCAUCAAUAUUCCAUCUUUGAGCAAGCUAGCAUUGUGGAAGCGCUGUUAGAUCACCUGGGUCUCCUGAAUCAACGGAUCAACCUUUUGUCUCAUGACUACGGGGACACCGUUGCACAGGAGCUGCUCUACAGGUACGAACACAAUAAAACAGGGUGUGUUCUCAUCAAUAGUCUGUGUCUGUCAAAUGGAGGUAUUUUCCCAGAAACUCACCAUCCACUGUUCAUUCAGAAGAUUCUCAAAGAUGGGGGCCUGCUUUCACCAAUCAUUACCCGGCUAUCAAACUAUUUCUUCUUUACCAGAGGGCUUGCUGCAGUCUUUGGUCCAUACACUCAGCCUUCAGACGCUGAAUAUUGGGACAUAUGGACAGCAGUUCGAACAAAUGAUGGCAAUCUUGUGAUUGACAGUAUUUUACAGUACAUCAACCAACGGAUGAAGCACAGAGACCGCUGGGUUGGAGCUCUGCAAUCCACAUCUGUUCCCUUGCAUCUGAUCUAUGGGCCACUGGACCCUGUGAAUCCGUAUCCAGAGUUUCUGCAGCUCUACAAGGAAGUGCUUCCAAUGUCAACGGUGUCUGUUCUGGAUGACCACAUCAGCCACUAUCCCCAGUUGGAGGAUCCUCUGGGUUUCUUGAAUGCUUACUUGAACUUCAUCAACUCUUUCUGAGCCAGCAUCUUAGGAUGGGGCCAAAUAAGAACUCCAUCUCAGAGACAUUUUUCUUUGGUUUUUUACAUUGAAUAGGGCUAGACUGUGGACUUGGAAUUGCUGGGAAAAACUGCUCCAUGCAGCGUGCGAGAAAUGACUGCAGCUUCUCCUUUGGUUAGAAAACCUAUGGAAUAUUAGUAAGCAGUUCUCUGUUGGGAAAAGAAGAGGAAGUGGCUUGUCAGCAAGGUCAGCCACUGCUCCUUUGCACCAUUGCUCAAAAUGAGGAUAGGGCUGGGGGGGCUAACUUGGGCUGAUUUGCCUUUAAUUUGUGCUGCCCUUAAAGGAGAGGAAGGGAAGAGAUAUCUAUUAUAAUCUGCCAGGGAGAAAUCUUCCUUCCAUGGGUUAUUCUGUUUUUUCUCCCCCUCUCCCUGUCCCUUUGAAGGAACAGCGGGCAUGCUGUGGGCAUGUAUCCUUGGUGCUAGUCACUUCUCCCAUUUGGUCCCUGCAGGGCAUGACAUGGCCGUGCAGAUUUUUAAGGACUUGCCUGACUGAUGUGGUGGCAGGCUGUAGUGGAGCUGAGGUUCGGAUAGGGGGGAAAAGCCCCUUGAGUGCAAAGAGCUUUACUCAAAAUGCACUAGGGCUGCUGCAUACCAAUGCACAGGAGAGAAAGUCUGUAUAUCCUCAAAUGAUACUUAACUGCAAGGAUGGGAAUCAUGAAGGCUUCCAACUGUUGCAUUGCAACUCCCAGCAUUCCCUACCAUUGGCUGUGCUUCCUAGGGCUUCUGGAAGUUGCAGCCCAACAACAACUGGAGGGCUUCAUCAUUCCCACUGCUGCCUUAACUGGACACCCAGAGGCUUCCAUCCAAAGAAUGAAGAGAAACCAAGUUUUCCCAUAGUCCUGGGUGGGAGAGGAGACCCCCUUCAGAUUUCUUCCUAAGAGGGAUGGAAGUCUAAGCAGGCAGACCUUAAAGUCAGCUUUGGGCUGAUAUUUUUUCAGGGGUCGGUGUACCUCGGUGUUGUUUUCACCCUUGGAGAGGAAACAUCUCAGAAGUACUGUCUGGCCACUGAGAAAACCAGGGCUCACUGUGAAAAAAUACCCCUUUAAAGCAAAAAGCAGAACCAUCGAGAGGCGUGCUUGCACAUAUAUAGAGAGAUCCAGUUUCUUUCCACCCCACCUUCUCCUGCUAAAGGAUUAGGUAGAAGGUGAUGUGAAGGGUCUGUUCUAGGUCUUUGUAACCCAACCCAUGUUCUCUGUAAGCUCCUAGCAUAGUAAUUUAGUAGUUUCCCAACAGAACUGCUAGUUCAAAUUGGCUGGAUAUUCCUCCCUACCAGAAAGGAAUAUAGGAAAGGAGACAGGACAUGCCUUAGCAAAUGUGCCUCACUCUGUCCUUAGUUUAAGUGUGAAGAUGGGUAAAGGAACCCUAGGAUGGAUUUCCUCCCUGACAGUCUAUCUUAACCUUCCCUUAGAAGGAAACUGAGAAAGAAACCAGGUCUCUACAGCUGAAGGCUUUCAGCUCUACCUUUUGUGUGCUUGUCUGUUUCUGCAUGAGCCAUUUCAGGAAACUGGUAGGCUGCCAGGUGAAGAGAUUCGGAGUACAGUAGAGAAGUCUUGGUUUAAUACCUUCACUAACUCAAGCAGACACAACAGAGUUCAACGUGAGGCACAUCUUGUCUUAAGAGACAACACAAAGAUGUUCUGUCAGCUAUCACAUCUCACCCUGUUCUUGGCUAUCAGUCUGAGAACAAAAAUGGAAUUUGUGCUCUGUGUUCAGGCUUAAGCGGAUGGCAAACACUUUGCAUGAAGGACAGCAGCGAACCAAUGAAACAAAUGAGGAUGGUCAGUUUUAAAGGCAGACUUUCUUGUAUGUGAAUGCUUUGGGGCUGAUUUGCAGGAGGACUGAGGGGGGGGGGGCGUUUCAGCUGGCAAGUUUGCUUAGAGAACAGCAAGGUUAGGGACUUGCAUUGGCUUUUCAGGAUGUUAAGAGCACCACAAUUCAUCACCUUUUGGCCCAUUAUGGGCUUUUUUUAGAUAGAAGAGAAAGCCUUUUCCCCCCAAUAGGAAGUGCCCUGGACGUCAUAGUUUCUUGUCACUUCUUUUUUGGGGGUAAGGCUCUCUCCUAUCGUUAAAAUGGCCCAGAGAGGGGUCAAUUUAAAAAUAAGUAAAUAAAUCUGGGGUCUUGGAGAGCCUCAUGCAAGCUGUACUUUUCUCAUCCUGGCCCACACUGUGCAGAUAGCAAGCAAUAAACUUGGGAUCAAAGUUGGUGCUGAAGGACAUUUUCUCCUGCUCUGUUAGUACAAUUUACUAUCAUCCAUAAAAGAUGGCAAUGAAUUGGGGACCCUG